AUGAAGAGCCCCCUUGCCGUCGCCACGCCCGCCGCCACCGGCGACGCCAAGAGCCCGCUCUUCUGCCCCAAGCCGCGGCGCCCCGUGGCGCCUCUCCGCUGCCACCAGAGCGGCGGGUUCUCCGACGCCGGCAUGGAUCUGCUCGACCUCCUCCUCUCAAAGGGAGAGGAGAGCGGUCUGUCGGCGGCGUCCCAGCAGCCGCCGCUGUUCUGCGGCUCGCCACCGCGUCGAGCGUCGAAUCCGGUGGUCCACGACAGCCGGUUCGGCAUGGACUGCCCGCCCGUGCCCAUGCCCAUGCCGGGGCUCCCGGUGGUGGUCGCCGCCCCGGUGGCCGUCCAGCGGCCGACCCCGCGCCCGUCGGUGGCGGCGCCGUCCAUGUCGCCGCGCGGUGCGGCCGGGUGCGCCCGCGCCCGGUUCGCGUUCCAGCCCGCCGCGGUCCGCGUCGAGGGUUUUGACUGCCUCGACCGCAGCCGCGGCGGCCGCGGCCAUGGCAUCACCGCCAUGGCCUAG